AAUGAAUGAUGAUCCUAAAACCUCCAUGCGAUAUCUUCUGUCCUACAUCAUGGAACCUGAAGUCUCCAUUAAUUUCACGUUACUUGGUACUUCAUCAAAACGAGCGAUUCAGAAGUGCCGGUUUUAUGGCUGCGUACGAAGUGCACUUACUAAUCGAUCCCUGUCGUCAUCUGUCACUGAGAAAGACCUUGCGAAACUAUAUGACAUGGCUACACAAAGUUAUUUUCACGACAUGAGAGACAAAGUACAGAAGCGUCAUCGACGGAAGAAAGAACACGUAGAGUCUUCCGUGUUUAAGGAUAUAACCAAUUCACAAGAAUUAUUUGAGUCUCCAUAGUUCAAAAGGCCUGAUGGAAAGAAACAA